AUGUGCUGCAAUGCGACAUGCUACUUCCGCCCGGCGACGUUUGUGUGCCGGGCGGCAGGCGGGCAGUGUGAUUCGGCCGAGACUUGCACCGGUGCAUCGUCAGCUUGCCCGGCAAACGGCUUCCUCCCGCUCAACACACCGUGCGACGACGGCGACGCGUGCACGGUCGGCGACGUGUGCUCUGUAUGCACCUGCAACUUUCCCUACAUCAAGACACCAGCGCUCAGCGACUGCAUCCUCCGCAAUGCACGGGUCAUUGCCCGUCCUGUCGAUCCCAACGAGGAUGUGGUGGAGACCGACACGGUCAGAGCCGGUGAGUCGCUCUUCUUUGCCGUUGUUCCGCGGACAACAACAACGACCGAGUCGAUCACUGUCACAGUCAUCCCCAACAAUGGCGCUGUCCGAGCGUACGCCGCACCCGAGUCGAUCACCCGCACUCCGUCAGCCGCUGACGCCACCGUCUCAUCAAUCGAGCCGGGCCUCCGCCAGAGGCAGGAGCUUGUACUCUCGCUGAGUGCUGACCGGUUUAUCAUCGGUGUCGCCUCUGACACUACCACCACCUUUGACGUCUCGGUCGCGUUCACCAUCGGCUCGUCCGGUCAGGUCCGGCGGCCUGCGCCCGGCGCAUCGGUCCCUGGCGCUGGCGGCAGCUCGAGCUCCGGAGGCAACGGUGGAGUCAUUGCAGCGGCGAUUCUCGUCCCGCUCAUCAUUAUCGCUGCUGCUGCUGCCGGCGCCGCGUUCUGGUAUCGUCGCCGCGAGGCAAGCCCCAAGUCCUCGACCUGGGACGCCACCUUUGCCGGAACAGCGUAUGAGGCUGACACAACGGCAGGUACAUACCCGGGCGACGCCGCGGCGCCAACCAACGGGCAGGUUCCUCUUGCCACGAUGGGUGCAACGCCGGGUGUGGUGUAUGUCAGCGAUCUGUCGGCCUACGACCACUACGCCACCGCCGAGUACGAUCGCGCGCCCGAGGACAACGAUGAGCUUGCGUUGACCGAAGGCAAGCUGAUGUGUGUGGUGGAAGAGUAUCCUGACGGUUGGGGCCUCGGGUUCUUCCCGACCCCGCCGUUUACUCCGGGUGCGUUCCCGCUCAACCACGUGGCGCGGAUCCGAGCGACGGUCCUCAAGCCUCACGUGCCCGGGGCGCUUGGGACAAGUGAUGAGAUCGCUCUUGCUGCUGACGACGCAAACGUGUACCUCGUGCGAGACGACGCCGAUGGAACAUCCCUUGUCUGCCACAUCGAUGGCAGCGGGGCGCCGGUCGACGUCGGGCGAGUGCCGUCCGAGUGCGUUACGAUUGUGGGCCGGCCGAUGCUGGGCACCAAGCCGGCGGCCAGGCCGGCGGUCCCGCCAAUGCCUGCCGGUGGGCCAGCGUCGAUCCGGUCUGCGCGGCGCGGCUCACGGACGGUCCAGGACUUUGACGUUCAAGACCGUAAGGCCAAGGUCCCGCCGCCGUGGGUCAAGCGGCGCAACUCGGGCAUUGCGCAUCCAAACCGUCGCUCGGGUGCGUUUUCUGCUGCCAACGUGGCCGCAGCAGGCAGCCCGCCGACGCCCGCGGCCAAGCCCGAACCGCGCUCUAUCGCGGCCCGCAAGGUCGGCAACGCCGGCAAGCGGCAGUCGCGGGUCAUUUCCGACUUUGACCUCUCGAGCCGCAAGCUGCCACCGGUGCCAUCAGCCAAGACGCGUAAGCCGCUCUCGGUCCGGGCGCCACCGUCGACACCGGCAGUGCCUGCAGCCAAGCCGGCCGACCCGCCGCGAACAGGCGCGCUCGACUCGAGUGCAGAUUCGGACUCGACCUCGGGCUGGGACUCGUCAUGA